GGCGCCCUUCGUCCCUCGAUCGCUCCACUCUCCUCACCUCAGCUGCAGUCUCCUCUCCACCCACCAACCCACCACUCCCUCACCCACUUCCCCACGAGCACCACAUCUCCAUCCAUCGCGAGCUAGCUAGCCGGCCCAGAUCCAAAUCACGCGCGCACAGACAGCAGCACAGCACGAGUGUAAUGCCGGGGAGCGUGCCGCUGGCGCUGGCGCUGGACACGGCGGGGGUGCAGGUGCCGUGGUACUUCCGGUGCCCCAUCUCCCUUGAGCUGAUGCGCGACCCCGUCACCGUCUCCACGGGCCAGACCUACGACCGCGCCAGCAUCGAGUCCUGGGUCGCCACUGGCAACACCACCUGCCCCGUCACCCGCUCGCCGCUCGCCGACUUCACGCUCAUCCCCAACCACACCCUCCGCCGCCUCAUCCAGGAGUGGUGCGUCGCGCACCGCUCCAUGGGCGUCGAGCGCAUCCCCACGCCCAAGCAGCCCGCCGACCCGGACCUGGUGCGCUCCCUCGUCGCACAGGGCCCCGGACUCCCCGCGCUCCGGAGGCUCAGGACGCUCGCCAGGGAGUCCGACAAGAACAGGCUCGUGAUGGCCACGCACGAGACGAGGGCGGCGCUCGUCGAGGUCGCCUUUGGCGCAAGAAACGAGGAGGCCGAGGCGGAGGCCAUGGCGGUGCUCGCGCUGGUCGGGCUCGGGGAGGCGGAGGCCGUCGAAGUGGUGAGGAGGGAGGAGAGGGUGACCAGGCUCGGCAAUGUUCUCGCUGGCGGUCCGGGGGUGUCGUUGGAGUCCAAGGUUAACGCAGGCGCCGUAGUGGAGGCGGCGGCGUCGGCGUCGGGCGCGGAGGCACGGGUGGUGCUGGGCGCGGCGGAGGGGGUCUUGGAGGGCCUCGUCGCGCUGGUCGAGGAGAAGGCCAACGCGCGCGCCGUGCGCGUCGGGAUCCGGGGCCUGUUCGCGCUCUGCCUGGCCAAGGAGAACCGGCCGCGAGCGGUGACGGCCGGCGCCGCGUCGGCGCUGGCCCGGCGCGUGGCGGAGGGCGGGGCGGGGGAGCCCGAGCGCGCGCUGGCCGCGGUGGAGCGGCUGUGCCGGGCGGAGGGCGGGCGCGACGCCGUGGUGGCCGGCGCGGGCGGGGGCUCCGCGGCGGUGUCGGCGCUGGUGCGCGCCAUGUCCGGGCGCGCGGCGGAGCACGCGGCGGGCGCGCUGGUGGCCGUGGUGGGCGGGUCGGAGGCGCUGCAGGUGGAGGCCGUCCGUGCGGGCGCCAUGAGCCAGCUGCUGAUGAUGGUGCAGGGCGGGUGCUCUGAGCGCGCCAAGCGCAAGGCGCAGCUCCUCCUGAAGCUGCUCCGGUCCGCCUGGCCGACCACCGACUCCAUCGCCAACUCCGACGACUUCCUCCAACCGUACUAAUCAUUCAAUUAACCCGCCAACCACAUCGCGCUGUCGCAUUGUAGCAUUCCCCAAGCUAAGUGAGAAAGAUCUCACUGCAACUGCAAGCACUGCGCUUCUUAGUACAUCAUCACCAGCCGCGACCGCGUGGUAAUGUUGGCAGGGACUAGGAGGGAGUUCUGAAUUUGAUCAAUAGUUAACGUUCACCGAUUCUUACAUCGUUGUGUUCGUUCAUUCUUCUCUUUUCCUUCGAUGCAAAAAAUCUUUUUUUUUUGGGGGGGGGGGGUGGUGGUCUAGGUGCGCCCGUGCGCGUGUGUUUGGGUCAGAGAAAGUACAGGUGAAGUAUAGAGGAGGAGAUUGCGCAUUGAAAGCUGGGCUGGGCAGAGGCAGAGCUUGGCCGGUGGAGGGUGGGGCUGCCUGCUCCUCCUGCAGGAUGCUUCUGCAGAAUGGAAUGUUGCUCCGUGAAAUUAUCGCCACACCCCCUUGGCCCCUUGUUCUUUGGUUUUUCUCUUUUCUCUUUCCUCCUGUCGUCUCGAUCACACACCGGGUGAGUGAGAGCUGAGAAGUGGAUUUGAUUUGAAAAGGAGGGCCGUGGCAUGACAUGUUGACAUGUACUACCAUCAGUGGCAACGCUGCGGUAUCUGAUGGGGAUCAGAAACCCAGACUAGAGAUGGAGGAGCAUGGCAUCAGGGGGGCAGCUGCCGCUGCGGCAAAUAGCUGCACCCCCUGCCCUGCCUGCGGCUCUUUUGACCGGAUUGGCGAGCGAGGGAAGACCAACUCCCUCAUCAGUGCGGUGCGGCCACCUUCUUGAACAUGGACCGGACUGCUAUGUUGUUUGCUUCUCCAGUUCUCCUCCCACCUGAAAAUAAUAGAGAAAUUUGAUUGUAUGCCAUCCGGAAUCACCUGAAUUAAUGAUUUUCUAUAGACAAAGUUUAUUUUUACUAUAACAUUA